AUGUGUCUCAAUUAUAUUGGGCAUAUUCUGUCUUUACGAGGAAUAUUGGAUUCCAUAUCAUUAUCUGAAAUAAAAUCAUAUAUCAAUGUAAAAAUAGUAUCCUUGCAUACGUGUAAAAUUAGCCAUUUUUCAAAAAUAUCUUCUCAUUGGUUACGUUUCAUAUUUAUUUCUUCCUUAUUUUCCCUCUCUUCAUCUGGGAUAUUGAUACAAAAUACAUAUAAAACUUUUCAAUUGAAAAACUGGCCGAGACAGUCUGAAAAGUAUUUCCCAGUUCUACGCAUCCUGAGAAUAAAAAAUAAUAGGUUUCGUGGUAUUAUAUAUCAAUAUUCUCUGCAGUCCAUUUCUUGUUGCGUUUUUUUCUUAUCGAAGGAGUGUAGGAGUUGGCUAUGCAAGUCCAAUAGUGUUUGUAUUAUUGAAAUAUACUGA